AUGGCUGUACAUCUUUCAUGCCGGAGUGCCACUGAAGCCUCGUCGUCGUCCAGUAACAGCAAUACCAGUCCGCCAGUAUCUCCUGUACGGAGGAGUCCUCGCUUCGUACCUCAUCAAGAACCACAAUCACCUCCUGCGAAUAAACAAGUUAACCCGAGAAAAAGGCCUCGAGCAUCGGAGAUCGCGUCGCCGACAUCACCAACCCCAGGACGCAGCAAAUGGGCGCAUCCUUCCCCGAACGUAGCUUCGACGUCGACGCCGCGCGCUGUCCGUGCCGAGAAACGCAGGAAACUGCUACCACAGCCAACGACGCCCACGCCACUGCCGUCACCGCCAACGACAACGACAACGAGAAUGACACGCGCGAGCAAGAGGAAAUCGUUAGGUGGCGAUGAGGAACUCCAGCUCGAAGUGGAGCAGCCAAUAACGGUGUCGACUAGGAAGAAAAAAAUGCGUAAAGAUGAGUUGGAUGAGUGUCUCGAGCAGAGCAAAGGGAAGAGCGUUGAUAAAGGAAAAGGAAAAGCGAGGGAAGAGCCGUUGUUUACCUCAGCUGCGCCGAUCCCCAUCCCAGCUCCUAGAAAGAUGAGAAGAAAGUCGUCGGCGGCUGUGGCGCUGCCCAGCGACCCAUCAUCAUCAUCCUCCUCGACUCCUCCUGCUCUAACAAUCUAUACCUCUACCUGGACCUCUACCCCUCAAACUACUUCUGACAAACCCCCCUCAGCAUUUAUAUCAACCCCCACCCCACCCUCUCCCAACCCAUUCAUCCAACACCCCCCAACGCACGUCCAAUCCCCACUCUCGCCCACCACCUCAACACGAACAAGCAUAACCAUGCCCACACCAGUAUCUAUCCGCCCCGGCCUCGUCACGCGGUCGUUGGCGUCCGCGUUGGCCAGGUCUUCCGCUACUGCUACUUGGCCCUCUUCCUCGCUUGCGCGCGGGUUAGGUACGACUUCUUCAGCAGCUGGCCAUGGAUCGCCGAACCAUACGCCACCUGGAUCGCCUACGCGGUCUUCGCCGCCUUUGGAUGCGAUUGAUUUGGGGCCUUUGCCUGCGUUGAUGUUGCCGCCCAGAUUGGGGUUGGGGAUUUUGGGUACUGGGUCUUUGGGUGGUGCUGCAUCGAUGCAGUGUUCCCCGCUUCAGAAUGGAUUGCAGACACGGAAUUUGCAGCAAAAGACUCAGCAGCAGAUUUCGGCUCAACCUACGACGCAACCUCAACUUGCGGCCCAACCUCAAGCUUCGACCCAACCUCGAUCCGUUGACGAACCCCAACCCCCACAACCUAAAACCCCAAUCCAGCCUCCAUCUCCCUCCCCCAUCUCCCCACCCUGCUUCCUUGGCCCCUUCGAUUCGCCUGAGCUUAUCAGAGCGAGGGCGGACGAUAGGGAGCGCAUGCGUGAGUUGAAUUUAGAUGGGUGUGUACCAGCAUCAGCAGAGCAGGCCGUCGACGCAUCACAAGUAGCCACAACCGAAUCAUCAAGCACAUCUCCUCCGUCAACUCAACCUCCUCCUGCAUCAACACCAACUGAACUACCCAAAGAAACGGAACCUCUCCAAGGUCAAGACCAAGCACCGUUACCACCGCCCAUCUCAUUACCUACGCUGCCGAUGAAUGUGUCUGUUCCGGUGCCUAGGGUACCGUCUCCCGUGCAGAGGGUACAGUUUACGGUGUUGAGGCCUCCUCCUCCUUUGGCGAGAGGUCAGGUUCAGUCUCAGUCGCCUGUGCAGAGGGUAGCGUCGCCUGUUCCUCGAGUGCAGUCGCCUUUGCCGUCCAUUCAGUCACCGAUGCAGAGCGUGCAGGUCCAAUCGCCCAUGCAGGUCCCGUCGCCUAUGCAAGGCCUGGACAUGCCCCUUCCGUUUGAUGGUGGGUAUCAGGCUGUUGAGAAUUAUCAGCAGCAUGGGGAGGGGUUGUUUACGACGCAGAUGGAUCAGCCACAGAUGGGGCAGGGCCAGGAGCAACAAAUGGAGCAGUAUCAACGGCAGUAUCAACAGCAGCAGCAGCAGCAGGGGGAACAGUACCAGCAGCUGCAGCAGAUUCAGAUGCCGGAGGUCCAGAUGCAUGAGCAGCUCCAUGAACACACGCAAGUCCAGCUGCAUGAACAUGCGCAAGUCCAGCUCCAUGAGCAGCUUCAAUUGCACGAGCAGCUACACGAACACCCACAAGUCCAGCUGCAGGAACAUCCGCACCAGCAGCAGCAGAAUCAGGGGUACCCAGCCGCGCCGAUGUGGUGGGAGGAACAGCCCAAGAUUGAGAAAGAGUGGGGGGUUUGGAAGAUUGCUUGUAAGAUGCGUGUUUGGGAGCUACGUCGUCGCUAUACACCCGAUGCCAUUCGCCUCCUCGUCGCGCAAGAAGCACACGACUACUUUUCGGUGCGCGGGUUCCCUCCAGGGUAUCAGCGUGGACGGAUUGGCAUGUUCAUGGACGAGGAGUAUUAUGAUUGGGAACUGGCGAGCGAUGAGGAGGAUGAGGAUGAUGAUGAAAGUUAUGAAGACGAAAGCUACGAGGAUGUAGAGGGGAAGAUGGAUGAUGGUGAGGAGCACAACGACUGCGAGGGGAAGCAGGGGGUUAAUGACCAUCCUGAAGGAGAGGAACAACCAAGCUUGAAACCCUCUUCCCCUGCACCUUCUUCGCCUUCCUCUCCAGCGGCGGUCCAAUCAGAAGACGCUGACUGCUCGGACGAAGAUGCAGAGGGAGAAAUGGAAGUUGAUCUCGAAGCGCUCUCCGACCCCUCGUUCAACGCUGAACUGUCCUCACCAACAUCUCCCAUCACCUCACCCCCUCCUCCACCCUCUCCCCAAUCUGCACUCUUGUCCUCGUUCUACGUUCCCCCAAUCUCUCCACCUUCUUCGCCGUAUGAGAUGAGUUCUCCUCUGAGCCUGCCCUCGACUUAUUCGUACGAGAUGGAUGCUGCGUCUUCGGCUCCUUCACCGAUACAGUCUCCACUUCAGCAGCUGCACCUUGCGCCUCCUUCACCCAUUUUGCCGUUACCGCCUCCGAGACUGGGGAGUGUGCGUGUGUAUAUGCUGAGACACUUGGAGGUGGGUAUGAAGGUUGUGGGGAGGGGUACGCCUGUUGAUAGGGUAAGAGCGCAGGAGUGGAUUAGGGGUCGAAGUGCGGGUAAUGCGGCUGGGGAUUUGGUCGAUGAGAAAGGGGAAGGAAGUAGUGGGGAGACAGGGGAAGACAAAGACAAGGAGAAAGGGGAGAGGCCAAAGCUGAGGGUUGAUGUUGAUGUUGAUGGUGUGGGUGCUAGUGAGGAGACGACUCAUCCUAUGAGUCUGCCUAGUGCCGCUGACAUUAUUGCUGGAGAUGGGAUCAGGCUGCCGGAGAACAUGAUGGGCCUUCCUGAAGCUGUGCUCUCUCACUCAUCGCCGUAUCGCCCGCCCACACCCAUGCCCUUGUCUUUACCGCCAUCACCGGCUAUGUCUAUGUCCUUGCCGCCCAUGCCCAUGUCUUCGCCUAUGCCCUUGCAAACGCCCACACCAAUGUCCCUGCCCACGCCAAUACCUUUGCGUACACCCAUGUCCAUGUCCUUACCCUUGCCGCAAGCGCCGGCGUGUAGUGGUGGUGGCAGUAACGUGCAGAUGGACAACAUGACCGAUAUGCGAGUGGACAGCAUUGCCGAAAUGCGAAUGGACAUGAUGGCCGAAAUGAAGUCGCAACAGCAUUUGACGGGAAAACCCUAUUUGCCUGAGCCGCAGCUAGCGGGCAAGCCUUACAUGCCAGGCCAGGCUGUGUGGGAUGAGUUCUUGGCUUGCAUUGAGCCUAGUGAUACUGGUUCCGAUCAGCAGCAGCAGCAAGAUCAACAACGGUCCUUCUCGCCCUCCUGUUCAUCAUCGUCUUCCUCGCCUCUUAACUCGGGCCAAGAAACAAUACGCCCUUCACCCCCUCUGACACCGCCCUCGCCGACAGAGAUGUUUGGCAUGGGCAUGUUUGGGAUGGGAUUUGGCGUGGGGAUGGGGGUGGGGAUUGGGAUUGGUGUGGGGAUGGGGAUGGGUGUUAAUGUCAAUGCUGCUGCAGCAGCUGGGUGGAUGGGCGAGCAUUCACACUCAGUAUCGGUGCCUGCUUCGCCGCAGCCUUCGUCUCCUGUGAGUGAGGCUGGAGGAGGAGGUGCGUAUGGGGAGUCAGCUGGGAACCAUAGCAGUACGCUGAGCUUUGCGCUUGGUUAG